AGCUGCUCGGUCUUAACAUGGGCUCUUGUUGUGUUGGGUUUUUAUUUUAUCGAUUAAGUUUUCGUCACGAUCAAAUUCAAAUGACAGCGCCGUAAAAAAAACCCCACUUAAAAUCCACUUGAAGCUGCGUCCUCGGAGACACCUGCUGUCUAUUAACAUGGGGAACUAUUUCAUCACCAUCAAGUAAAGCUCCACCACCGACCCACUGGGAUGCAGAUUGGUCAUCAGGUCACUGGUAGGACCCCUCUCCAGAUCCCUCCCCAGCCCAGCCUGCUCCCGAUCCUGCAGGACACCUUCCAGCCCAUCCUGGUCCGAGCCAUCAUCGACCCCAGCCUGGGGAUGGAGAGCCCCCUCCAGCCACAGACACCACAGUCACCCAGGACCUGCAGCUCACCGGGACCUGCUGGGAAAUCCUGCUGGAGCUUAGAUAUGAGGGUGGCCGUGCUCCUGCUGACUCUGGCUGGAGCUGUGAUCCUGCUGCUGCUCUACAGACUCCUACAGUUUAGACACAGGCUGAACGUGGCAAGGGCGAGGCACGCUCUGGAGUACCACGGCUUCUACCGCACCGCCACCUACACUCUCAAACACCCUGCACCACCAUGUCGGGACCUGCCGCCCAAGAACGGAACUGUCCCCGAUGCUUGUCAGCCGGUCCAAACUGUAAUCACGGUGACGCCCGUUACCAUCACCCCUGGGCCGCCCCCGCCUAUAGCUAUCCCCCCCCCACUGCCGCUCCCUCCACCUCCCGCCCUGCAUCCGCCCUCUCUCCCGCCGACACCUCCUGUCCCCGCUAUCCCUCUUCCCCUGCCGGUGAUCCACACCACCCCACCCAGCCCUCACCUGUCGUGGGGAGCAUGCUCGGACGCAGACGUCUACUCUCGGAUCGGAGCUUUCAGGGCGUCCAGGCUCUCCAGCCUCUCCAACCUCUCCACCCAGUCAAAGGUUAUCCUGUUUGAACACUCAUCUCUCUGAGCUCUGACGUAGAGCAUGAGUGAAAACACAUGAAUGCAUGAAGUGUCGUGAUGGACAGGACGUGAUGAUGAGUAUACAUUCUGUAUGCUGAAUAUUUGAUGUUCACACGCUGUGUGACCAGGCCACAGUCGAUGGUUCUUUCCCUCAACAAUAUUUACCUACAUAUAUAUAUUAUUUAAAUAUAUUAUGGACUUACACAGUGCAGAGUGUUGGUUUGCCAGCAUUAUACUUUUAAAAUAGAAACCACGGCUUCAGAUUCAGAGUCAUCACAUCGCUGUGAUCCUUAAGAAUAAAA